GUUUUUAACUUCCGGUGUUGGAAAAUAGAAAAUAGUGUAAGCUGUGUAGCUGCUUCAUUAAUUCACAACAGUAAACAAGAGAUGAAAAUAUGAGCCACAGAGACAGCAGUUACAGUUACAGGAGUACUUCUCCCCCUGUCUCUCCAACUCUCUCCCCUCUGGCAUCUCCCCUUAAAGCUCAUGCUGAAAAUUCUCAGAGACAAGAGCAGAGACUCUCUGCAAAUGCAAAACGACAGAAAUAUUUAUGGAGAUUGUUAAAAUUCAAACAAAUGGACUUUGAAUAUGCAUUCUGGCAAAUGAUAUACUUGUUUAUUUCUCCACAAAAAGUGUACAGAAAUUUUCAAUACAGGAAAAAUACAAAAGACCAGUGGGCAAGGGACGACCCAGCUUUCCUUGUGCUGCUAAGUUUCUGGUUAUUGAUGUCAUCGGUUGGUUUUUUUGUUGUCCUUGGUCUGGCAUGGCAUGAGUUUAUCAAGUUUCUCCUCUGGAUGGUGUUUGUCGACUGUAUCGGGGUCGGACUGCUUGUUGCCAUCAUUCUCUGGUUUUUCACCAACCGGUAUAUGUUGAUUGCUCCACCCCGGGGACAGGAUGUGGAGUGGGCUUACGCCUUUGAUGUUCACCUCAACGCCUACUUCCCCCUGGUUAUGAUCCUGCAUCUCUUUCAGCUACCUUUCCUUAAUACUGUGAUAAUUGAUGGAGGUUUCUUUGGACGUAUCUUUGGGAACACCCUGUGGUUAUUAGCCAUUUCAUAUUACAUCUACAUCACAUUUCUUGGAUAUAGUGCAUUGCCAUUUUUAAAGAACACAAGAACAAUGUUAUUCCCAGUGACGGCAGUGUUAGUGAUUUACCUGCUUUCCCUGAUUCUGAGCUGGAACUUUAGCCAAGGACUAAGGGACUUCUACAAGUAUCGAGUGUUCUAGCACAAACUUUGUGGGUGAGGCAAGGGGAGAAAAUUUUGUUAUCUAUUAUUGUAUAUAGAUGUAUAUAAGGAAAAUGUAUUGUAUGGUUUGAGUACAUAAAUGAUGUGUGGUCUUAUUAAGGAAAUAUGUAAUAUUUCUGUUUUAUUUAUGGUCCAAUUUAGCUAUUGCAAGGACUGACAAUUUUUUGUUGCUAUACCAGGUAAAUAGAAAUACUACAAUCUUCAACUUGAAUAUUUGUAACAAUAUUCUACUAUUCAGCUAUCACAUUUUCUGAUUUAUUUCUUUAUUUUCUUCAUUUGUUUAGAACCAUCAAAAAAUGAAUCCAGGAUAGGCUUGUGAAAAAGAACGUAUCAUUAAUCUCAAUUAUUAUGCCCCCGAAGGUGGGCAUAUUAAAAUCGCACCAUCCGUCCGUCCAUCCGUCCGUCCGGCUCUGUAACUUUCCCUUGUAUGGACAAAUUUUAAAAUAACUUGCCACAUGUGUUCCACAUACCAAGACGACGUGUGGCGUGCAAGACUCGUGUCCCUACCUCAAAAGUCAAGGUCACACUUAGUGUUUAUUCACAAUCGAGUGCUGCAUAUAAGGACAUAGGGUAUAGGUUGUUGUGUCCGGGCUGUAACUUUCUCUUGUAUGGACAGAUUUUAAAAUAACUUGCCACAUGUGUACCACAUACCAAGACGACGUGUCGCGUGCAAGACCCGUGUUCCUACCUCAAAGGUCAAGGUCACACUUAGUGUUAAUUCACAAUGGAGUGCUGCAUAUAAGGACAUAGAGUAUAGGUUGUCGUGUCCGGGCUGUAACUUUCUCUUGUAUGGACAGAUUUUAAAAUAACUUGCCACAUGUGUACCACAUACCAAGACGACAUGUCGCGUGCAAGACCCGUGUCCCUACCUCAAAGGUCAAGGUCACACUUAGUGUUUAUUCACAAUGAAGUGCUGCAUAUAAGGACAUAGAGUAUAGGUUGUCGUGUCCGGGCUGUAACUUUUCCUUGUAUGGACAGAUUUUAAAAUAACUUGCCAAAUGUGUUCCACAUACCAAGACCACGUGUCGCGUGCAAGACCUGUGUCCCUACCUCAAAGGUCAAGGUUACACUUAGUGUUUAUUCACAAUGGAGUGCUGCAUAUAAGGACAUAGAGUAUAGGUUGUCGUGUCUGGGCUGUAACUUUCUCUUGUAUGGACAGAUUUUAAAAUAACUUGCCACAUGUGUUCCACAUACCAAGACGACGUGUCGCGUGCAAGACCCGUGUCCCUACCUCAAAGGUCAAGGUCACACUUAGUGUUUAUUCACAAUGGAGUGCUGCAUAUAAGGACAUAGAGUAUAGGUUGUCGUGUCCGGGCUGUAACUUUUCCUUGUAUGGACAGAUUUUAAAAUAACUUGCCACAUGUGUUCCACAUACUAAGACGACGUGUCGCGUGCAAGACCCGUGUCCCUACCUUAAAGGUCAUGGUCACACUUAGUGUUUAUUCACAAUGGAGUGCUGCAUAUAAGGACAUUGAGUAUAGGUUGUCGUGUCCGGGCUGUAACUUUCCCUUGUAUGGACAGAUUUUAAAAUAACUUGCCACAUGUGUUCCACAUACCAAGACGACAUGUCGCGUGCAAGACCCGUGUCCCUGCCUCAAAGGUCAAGGUCACACAUAGUGUUUAUUCACAAUGGAGUGCUGCAUAUAAGGACAUAGAGUAUAGGUUGUCGUGUCCGGGCUGUAACUUUCCCUUGUAUGGACAGAUUUUAAAAUAACUUGCCACAUGUGUUCCACAUACCAAGACGACGUGUCACGUGCAAGACCCGUGUCCCUACCUUAAAGGUCAAGGUCACACUUAGUGUUUAUUCACAAUGGAGUGCUGCAUAUAAGGACAUAGAGUAUAGGUUGUCGUGUCCGGGCUGUAACUUUCCCUUGUAUGGACAGAUUUUAAAAUAACUUGCCACAUGUGUUCCACAUACCAAGACGACGUGUCGCGUGCAAGACCCGUGUCCCUACCUCAAAGGUCAAGGUCACACUUAGUGUUUAUUCACAAUGGAGUGCUGCAUAUAAGGACAUAGAGUAUAGGUUGUCGUGUCCGGGCUGUUACUUUCCCUUGUAUGGACAUAUUUUAAAAUCACUUGCUACAUGUAGCAUACGAAGACGACGUGUCGUGUGCAAGACCCAUGUCCCUACCUCUAAGGUGAAAGAUACACUAAAUGUUUAUUCACAAGAGAAUCUGAAUAUAAGGACAUAACAGUGUAGGUUGUCAAGUAUGGGUGGUAUUUUUUUAUGUUCAGAGGCAAUUUAAAAUAACUUGCCAUAUGUAUUUGACACGUAAAGGCAAGAUCAACUUUUCAUGUACUGACCUUGUUCGUAGGUCAAUGUCAUAUUCGGGGGCAUUCGUCACAUACUGUGACAGCUCUUGUUUCUAAUGAUUUAUCCUUUUAGUUAUUGAUAAUGAUGCUAUAAAACAUUUUGAAAAAUGUAUUCAUUAAAAAAUAUUGUAAUAUACAUUUGUAUUGACACUUAAACUAUCAUGCUUGUUUUCUAUUGAUACAAAGUCUUCAUUAUGCGUACUGACUUUAGAUAAAAAUUCCUUAUAGAUAAUAAUACAUUAGCAGCAACAGAGACAAGCCUGGUAUCAAUACCCUGUCAGUGCUGCACUGUUCAGGUAGAACAGACACUAUACAAGACACAAAGUCACAAACAGGUUACUGUGUACACAUACAUUCAAUGAUCCCUUCUUGAUAAAUUCUUUGACAAACAAGCCACAUGGAAUAGCUGUAAACUUUAACAUUGAAGAAGAAAUUUGAGUUGUAAGGAAAAAAAAUGUAUGCCCUACAUGAAUCGAGUGUUCUAGCACAAACAAGACUAGUUAUUGUGAGGAAGAAAGAACACUGAUAACAAACCUAUGAUAAUUAUGAAAUUCAAAUUAAAAAAAUAAUAAGUUCUGCCUUUUUCUCCUUUAUUUCCCGUACUCAACAAAUAUACUAUAUUUUCAGCAAUUAACCCAAAUGAAUAUUUUAAGUUAAUGUAAGUAUCAACACCUACAAUAAUGGAGGCUUAUUCUAGGAUUUUCUCUACUGAAUGUCGUUUACUGGUGUUAUUACAAGGCAAUUUAUGGGAUACCUAUAAUUACUAAUAUGAGAACCGCCGCUUAAUUGCAGUCAAAUUGGAGGUUGGACCUGACAAGUAGAUGACCAACAUCCUAGUUAAGUUUGAGGGCCAUGGGUGCAGGCAUCGUGGAGUUAUCACUCGGACAACUUUUUACCAUUUAAGGUCACUGUGACCUUGACCUUUGGCGUGAUGACCCUCAAAAACAAUAGGGGUCAACUACUGGUCAGGCCCAACCUUCAAGUCAAGUAUGAGGGCCAUCGGUCGUACAUUAUCUGGCAUUCGAAACCAAGUCAAGUUUGAGGGCCAUGGGUGCUGGCAUUGUCGAGUAAUCACUCAGACAACCUUACACAUUCAAGGUCACAGUGACCUUGAAUGGUAAAAGGUUGUCCCGAGUGAUAACACGACAAUACCUGCACCCAUGGCCCUCAUACUUGACUUGAAGGUUGGGCCUGACCAGUAGUUGACCCCUAUUGAUUUUAGGGGUCAAAGGUCAAGGUCACAGUGACCUUGAACGAAAAAAGCUUAUCUGUGUGAUAACUUGUCAAUGCCUGCACCCAUGGCCCUCAAACUUGACAUAUAGGUUUUUGGUGACCAGCUGAUGACUACUAUGGAUUUUGAGGUCAUAGAGUCAAAGGUCAUGGUCAUUACACACCCUAUCCUCACACUUAAAAUCUUAAAACUGCCUCAACGGCAUCCAAUGUCAGUGACAAAUCUGCUGUCUUUUCCGUUUAUGCAUAUUUCAUUCAAUUGUCCAUAUAAUCCUGACAACAUGGCGCUCAGGGGGGGGGGGGGCAUAAUGUUUGACAAACAUCUUUUGUUCAAUUAUACUUUCAAACAGAAGUCUCAAUGUCAACAAAGCUGCAAAUAUUUGGUUAGGAUAAAAAAAAAAGUCUUUCAUUAAUUGUAAUUUAGUUCCUGUUAUGAUCAACUUUUUUACACACAAUUAAUAACAGCUCUAAUCUGAUGGUAAUUGUUAAUAACAAGUAUUUCAUCAGAAAAAAUGUGAGACAAGCCAUGGUAUAAUAAUUAUGUUAAACUAAGACCUUAAUUUGUAAGCAAAGCUGUAAUUGCAUGUUUGAUUUUAAAUUAUUCAUGAUGUAAGGCUGCACAAAUUUUGAGUAUAUUGAAAAUAUCAGAAAUACCGGGUUUACCUUUACAACCCUCAGCCUGUCCUCUCUUUUUCUAGGAAAACAAUAUUUUUUUAAAUCAGAGUACAUUCAUGUGUGUUUGUGCAUGUGCUUAUAUCUUUAAAAAUUAAUUAAUAAUUUCAUCUGUAGCAAACAUAUACUGCAUGUGCUUGACUAGGGUUUUAGCUAAAGUAAUUAAAGCGUGCUUUACCCAGCCCUUUUCGUCUACCAUCAUGGAAACUAAUAUGGGCAACCAUCUGUUUUUGUAGAAUUGAAUGCUUUAGGUAAACAUAUAUUCCAUUUGUUUUGUUAAAAAACCAUUAUAUGAUUCUGAAUAUAUAUGAACUAAACGUACAUUAUCUGGCAUUCGAAACCUAAAACUACUUAUUUCUAACAUUUGUUGUCUAACCUCUUCACCGCUGGAUGCAAUGAGCCCUUUACACCCUUAGCACCCUGUCACAUUUCUGCAUCACCCUGCCCCUUUGCUACGAAACCCUGACCCAUUUUUGCAGCACCCUGCCUUUUUCUAUAGCAUCCUGUCCCUUUUCUGCAGUACCCUUUCCCUUUUCAGCAGCACCAAUUCACUUUUCUGCAGCACCCUGUCCUUUCAUGGCAGCACCCUGCCUUUCUUCUGCAACACCCCUCCCUUAAAGAUAUUCUUACUAAAACCCUAGUUUCAUUUGUCAUUAAAGCUGUACAUAUAUAAUUAUUAUGUUGUUUGUUAAGGUGUCCAAUAAAAGGUAAAUGCACAUUA